AUGUUAGAGAGCUUCUCAAUUAGUAGAACCAUGAAGCAUAGAAUACACGAUUGUUCCGAGUCGAACAAGAAGCGAAGAUUGGAAAAAGAAGAAAACGCCAUGAAAGCAAGAAAAUUUUCUCGUCAAGAAUAUCUGAAAAAAAGAGAGAUUAGGAAAGUGGAGCAAUUAUUAGAUGAAAUUGAAGAUGAGGAGUUUCUGUUCCAGGGUGUAAAAUUGACGAAAGCAGAGACGUUUGAGCUAAGUUACAAGAAACAAGUAUGUGAUCUUGUUAAGAAGAAACAUAAUGAUGAUCACGACAUGGAGGAGUACAAAAUUCCUGAUGCUUAUGAUCAGGAAGGUCGUGUAAAUCAGGACAAGAGAUUUUCUGUGGCUUCGGAGCGUUACAGGGAGGAUAAAAGUGUUGCUGCAGAGACGAUGAACCCGUACGCGGAGCAACAAGCAUGGGAGGAUCAGCAGAUUAGUAAGGCAACUAUGAAAUUUGGCUCGGAAAAAAGAAAGAAAGAGGGCGGGGAUUAUGAUUUUGUCUUUGACAACCAGAUUGAGUUCAUAAAACAUGAAGUAAUGAAUUGUACAAGUUGUUGUGGAGAGGCCUACGGUGACUCACUUGAAAAAUCUAUGGGCAAAUCAGGUUUUGAGAAGCUUCAGGCUGAUAGGAGAAGUUUACCAGUCUAUUCGUAUCGAGAGGAGUUGCUUAAAGCAGUUGAAGAACACCAAGUUGUCAUUGUUGUUGGAGAAACUGGUUCCGGGAAGACUACUCAGAUACCUCAGUAUCUCCAUGAGGCCGGGUACACAAGACAUGGAAAGAUUGGAUGUACACAGCCACGUCGUGUGGCUGCUAUGAGUGUUUCAGCUAGAGUGUCUCAGGAAAUGGGAGUUAAACUUGGACAUGAGGUUGGUUAUUCCAUUCGUUUUGAAGAUUGCUCAUCUGACAAGACGGUUAUUAAGUAUAUGACAGAUGGAAUGUUGUUACGAGAAUUUCUAGGGGAACCUGAUCUUUCAAGCUACAGCGUGGUGAUGGUGGAUGAGGCUCAUGAAAGAACACUUUCAACUGAUAUUUUGUUUGGUUUAGUUAAGGAUAUAGCAAGAUCCCGUCCUGAUCUUAAGUUGCUUAUCUCUAGUGCAACUCUUGAUGCCAAGAAGUUCAGUGAUUAUUUCGACUGUGCUCCAAUUUUCAACAUACCGGGAAGGAGGUUUCCUGUUGAAAUAAAUUACACAAGAGCGCCAGAGGCGGAUUACUUGGAUGCAGCAAUUGUCACUGCUCUUCAAAUUCACGUGACUCGACCCCUUGGAGAUGGUGAUAUAUUGGUCUUUCUCACUGGUCAGGAGGAGAUUGAGAUGGCUGAGGAGAUUCUUAAGCGUCGGACAAGGGGGUUAGGAACAAAAAUAGGAGAGCUGAUUAUCUGCCCAAUAUAUGCAAACCUUCCAACGGAGCUGCAGGCAAAAAUAUUUGAACCUACUCCGAAAAGUGCAAGGAAGGUUGUCCUGGCCACAAAUAUUGCAGAAACAUCAUUGACAAUUGAUGGGAUCAAAUAUGUUAUUGAUCCGGGUUUUGUGAAAAUGAAAUCUUACAGUCCUCGUACUGGGAUGGAGUCGUUACUGGUUACCCCAAUUUCAAAAGCUUCGGCAAAUCAACGGGCUGGACGGGCUGGUCGGACAGGUCCCGGGGAGUGUUUUAGACUUUAUACUUCCUACAACUAUCAAAAUGACUUGGAAGAUAAUACUGUGCCUGAAAUACAACGAACCAACCUUGGAAAUGUUGUUCUCAACCUAAAGAGCCUUGGCAUUGAUGACCUGGUGAAUUUCGAUUUCAUAGAUCCACCACCAGAAGCAUCUUUAUUGAAAGCUCUGGAGCUUUUAUUUGCAUUGAGUGUGCUUAACAAAAAAGGCGAGUUAACUAAGGUGGGGAGGAAAAUGGCUGAGUUUCCUCUUGAUCCUAUGCUGUCCAAGAUGAUAGUUGCUUCUGAAAAGUAUAGAUGUUCUGAUGAGAUGAUAUCAAUUGCCGCGAUGCUUUCAAUUGGAAGUUCAAUCUUUUAUCGUCCAAAGGACAAACAGGUUCAUGCUGACAAUGCACGAAUGAAUUUUUAUACGGGUCAUGUUGGAGAUCAUAUUGCAUUAUUCAGGAUAUACAAUUCUUGGAAAGAAACCAACUUCUCAACUCAGUGGUGUUAUGAGAAUUACAUUCAGGUCCGGAGCAUGAAACGUGCCAGAGAUAUCCGAGAUCAGUUGGAAGGGUUACUGGAGAGGGUUGAAAUUGAAGUGAUGUCAAGUUCAGGUGAUUUGGAAGCUAUAAGCAAAGCCAUAACAUCAGCUUAUUUUCCCAACUGUGCAAGGCUGCAGAAGAAUGGAUCCUACACAACUUUAAGACAUCCUCAAACUGUACAUAUCCAUCCUAGUUCAGGUUUAGCACAGCUACUUCCAAGAUGGAUUGUAUACCAUGAAUUAGUUCAGACAACUAAAGAGUACAUGCGGCAGGUGAGCGAAAUCAAACCAGAGUGGCUGAUUGAUGUAGCUCCUCACUUCUAUCAGCUAAAGGAUGUCGAAGAUACUGGAUCUAAGAAAAUGCCCCGUGGGCAGGGUCGAAGAUAGGUAUACAGUAGUGUAUUUGAUUCAGAGUUCUGACUUCUGACAUGGAUACAGAUCAAGAUAUGUAUCAAUGAGGUGUUUGUGCAAUAUGUAAUCUAGUUGUUUACCCUUAAAACAUAUAUAUGAAAGCGGCUGUCAGUGGCUGCCAGUGAUUUGAAGCAAUAUGCAAUUUUCUGUCUUCUAGUGAUAGCUCAUAAACUUUUAUAUAUAUUAUAA